AUGAACGCAAACGAGCAAUUACAGACCAACACCGCAUUACGCGAGCCUAAUGGUACAAUCACGCCGCAUAUCGCAUGUCUUGUUACACCAGUGCUCUGUCUGUCAGGUCCACACUUUUGGGGGCGGCGACAUAUAUCAGCCGGCAUAGUAUUGAGCCUGGCAGUGCUGGCACACUUGAACUCGCCUUUCACCAACGAUAUCGGAGUUGCGCAACCAUGGUCCCUGAUGUGGGUGUUCUGGUUAGCUACAAUAGAACGACUUCUGUUCUGCGAGAGUGGCUGCCCAGAGACCAGCUUUUGGCGUAUUGACCGCCGACCAAUGGAGGCAAAGUACAUGGCGCCUUGGAGCCUUGCGAAGCUGCGCUGGGCUGCCGCACUGAUAUUCAAUCUCCGAGGCAUCCGGUGGAACUGGCAGGUCAAGAAUGUCUUGCCAACCGACGAGACACGGCGAUGGCAUUUUGUGAUGCGGCAGAGUUUGCGUUUUUUCAAAUACCUGACUAUUAGUGACUUGCUUCUCCAGCUUGCGAUAAGGCUAUUCUGGACGAGCCCAGACGGGCAGGUUGGUGGCAUGAACAGUAAAUACUUGACCAUUCGCCAUGCACAUUGGGGAUGGAGCUUUGUCAACACCCUAGUGUUCGGCUUCGGACCCUAUUAUUUCAUAAAUAUGCAAUACAUUUUUGCUUCGAUAGUGGCGGUGUUGUUUGGUAUCAGCAAGCCCGAGGAUUGGAGUCCCCUUUUCGGAAAAUUGAGCCAAGUUACGACAGUUCGCAGCUUCUGGGGACAGUUCUGGCACCAAUUCAUCCGCCGUUCAGUAACUUCGGUCUCCAACUGGGUGCUCGACUCUUUCGCAAUCCCACGCGGAACGGUAUUCUCGAGAUACUUGCAGAUAUGGAUUGCCUUCGGCUUAUCGGGCUUCCUUCACGCUCAAGCCAACCUGAUGCUGCCACGCCCGUCAAAUGUGACCCCCGACGAGUGUGUACGUGGCACUAUGCUCUAUUUCUUGUGGCAAGCGGCUGCAAUCACAUUUGAAGACGCUGUACAGUGGGCGUGGGUCAAAGCUGGUGGCACGUUGCAUCCACCCAGCAGGUUCCGCACACUGAUUGGCUACGCCUGGGUCGUUUGCUCGUUCUGGAUAUCUCUGCCGUGGGCCGCGGACGACAUGAUGCGAAUGCGACUGAUGGAGAAAAGCUUCCUCCCAUUCUCCUUCACUCAAAAUUUAGUGCGGAAGGUUCCAAUACCUCCACGCUCUUGA